CUUUUUUUGAGUUUUCAAGAUUGGUUCCUUGGUGAUACCUUUUACUGUCAGACAUUGUAAUGAAACUUUAGGCUAUAAAAUCACCUGGUCUGACCAGAAAGCACCCAUGAGAACUUGUUACAUGCAUUUCAGGGCUUGUGGUUUACGUAAACUACUCAACUGAAUACUAUGCAUGCGUGCAUCCUCGCUUGUCCUGCGCACUGAGGGCUGACCAGCCAGCCCUUCCAUCUCCUCUCAGAUCCUCCUCUCUCUCACUUCUGGGGGGGAAGAGGAGAGCAGUUUUAGGCAGACGGACAGUUGCGAGGCCAAUAUCGGCUCAGGGCAGAUUGAUAAAAAAAACAAAAAACUUCUGGAAGUGGUGGCUGAGAAGCUGUCGCUGUUUGUUUUUUUCAAACAGGGAAUGACUAUCCUUUUACUUGAAGUUGUUUGCACCAUAACCGGUUUUGAGGAGGCGGUGAGGCGCGGCGGCGGAUGGGAACAUACAGCAACAGCAGCAGCAGCGCCAAACUCACAAUGCGCCCGGAGUGAACAGAGGCAGGGAGACAAUACGGAUCCGCGGGCACGCUGAGGAGCUGCACUCUCUCAUCUGGGCUCUCUUUUUCUUUUCAAAACCUUUUCUAGAGUGCCAUUUCCCCAGUCUCCGGCUGAUUCAUUGAUUAAUUGAGACAAAAUUGACUUCGCGACGAGGGCAAGUGGUUUGAUCUCCAAACUCAGCCAUGACGUCUCCGGCGAAAUUCCGAAAGGACAAGGAGAUAGUGGCCGAAUAUGAAACUCAAGUUAAAGAGAUCCGUGCACAGCUGGUGGAGCAGCUCAAGUGUCUGGACCAGCAGUGCGAGCUGAGGGUGCAGCUGCUGCAAGACCUGCAGGACUUCUUCAGAAAGAAGGCUGAGAUCGAGGUGGACUACAGCCGCAACCUCGAGAAGCUGGCCGAGAGGUUCCUCACCAAGACACGCAGUACCAAGGACCAUCUACUCAAGAAGGAGCAGAGCAUUUUAUCCCCAGUGAACUGCUGGAACUUGCUGCUGCUUCAGGUGAAGAGGGAGAGCCGUGACCAUGCCACCCUGUCCGACCUCUACCUCAACAACAUCAUUCCCCGCUUCGCACAGAUCAGCGAAGACUCGGGACGCCUCUUCAAGAAGAGCAAAGAGGUUGGAUUACAGCUGCAAGAGGACCUAAUGAAAGUUCUUAAUGAGCUUUACACGGUGAUGAAGACGUAUCACAUGUACAACACCGACAGCAUCAACGCUGAGUCCAAGCUGAAGGAGGCGGAGAAGCAGGAGGAGAAGCAGAUGGGACGCUCCGGUCGACAAGACGACCGGCAGACGCCCCGCUCCCCAGACACCUUGGCGAGCAUGAAGAGCGACGAAAAACCCGUCCGACGCUCCAGUGUCAAAAAAAUUGAGAAGAUGAAGGAGAAGAGACAAGCUAAGUACACAGAGAACAGACUGAAAGCCAUCAAGGCCAGGAAUGAGUACCUGCUUGCUCUUGAGGCUACCAACAGCUGCGUCUUCAAAUAUUACAUCCACGACCUGUCCGACAUCAUUGACUGCUGUGACCUAGGUUACCAUGCCAGCCUGCAUCGCGCCCUGAGGACCUACCUAUCUGCAGAACAGAAUGUAGAGACGUCCAAACACUCGGGCUUGGAAACACUGGAGGGAGCCACAGAGAGUCUGGAGGCCAACGGGGACAAACAGAAACUGAUGGAGACCUACAACAAUGUCUUCUGUCCCCCUGCUCGCUUUGACUUCCAGUCUCACAUGGGAGACACGAUGGGAGUGAUGUGUGCACAGCAGCCGUUGGAAGGCGAGCUGCUCCAGAGGUGUCAGCAGCUGCAGUCCCGCCUAUCCACGCUCAAGAUUGAAAAUGAAGAGGUGAAGAAAACCAUGGAGGCCACUCUGUCCACCAUCCAAGACAUGGUGACGGUGGAGGACUACGACGUCUCCGAGUGCUUCCACCACAGCAACAGCAUGGAGUCGGUCAAGUCCACUUUCAGUGAAUCCUAUCUCAGCAAGCCCAGCCUGGCCAAACGACGGGCCAACCAGCAGGAGACGGAGCAGUUUUACUUCACGAAGCUGAAGGAGUUUCUGGAAGGCAGGAACCUGAUCACCAAGCUGGAGGCCAAGCGUGACCUCAUCGACAAGACCCUGGGAGAGAGUCAGAAGACUGACUGUUGCCCUGCCAGUGGACGGAGGAACUCGUCAGUACGGAAGCAGGACUCCAGUGAAGCCAUUCCUCUGAUGGUCGAGAGCUGCAUCCGCUUCAUCAGUCGCCAUGGUCUGCAGCAUGAAGGCAUCUUCAGAGUGUCAGGCUCUCAGGUGGAGGUCAAUGACAUCAAGAAUGCCUUUGAGAGAGGUGAGGACCCGCUGGCCGGAGACCAGAAUGACCACGACAUGGACUCCAUUGCUGGCGUCCUGAAGCUCUACUUCAGAGGACUGGACCACGCCCUGUUCCCUAAGGAAGUCUUCCAUGACCUCAUAUCCUGUGUCUCGAUGGAGAGCCUCCAGGAGCGGGCAGUCCACAUUAAGAAAGUUCUGCAAUCUCUGCCAAGCAAAACCCUCAUCAUCAUGAGAUACUUAUUCGCCUUCCUCAACCACUUGUCUCAGUACAGCGAGGAGAACAUGAUGGACCCCUACAACUUGGCCAUCUGUUUUGGUCCCACCCUGAUGUCUGUCCCCGAGGGCCACGACCAGGUCUCUUGUCAGGCCCACGUCAACGAGCUCAUUAAAACUAUCAUCAUCCACCAUGACACCAUUUUCCCUGGACUGCAGGACCUGCAGGGCCCCAUCUACACCAUCCCUGGAGCUGGAGAUGACUUCUGUGACAGUCCACACUGUGAGCCCCCGCUUGUGGAAGAGCCUGCACCUGACACCGUCUCAGUCAGCCACAACAGCGAAGACGGCUCCUUGGCUGUUUCAGAGUCUGACCCAUUCGAGGCCAUCGCUCGGUUUGACUACUCUGGCCGGACUAGUCGGGAGCUAUCAUUCAAGAAGGGUGCAUCUCUGCUCCUGUACCAGCGAGCCUCCGACGACUGGUGGGAGGGACGACACAACGGAGUGGAUGGACUGGUGCCACACCAGUACAUUGUGGUGCAAGACACGUCUGACGGGGGCAGGGGAAGUCCAAAGCCUGAUGUGGACAGCAGGGACCUGCUGGAGGAGAGGGUGUCUACUCGCGGCAGCGCUGCCUCUCCUACUGGAGCUCAUGUGGCCGACAUCUACCUAGCCAACCUCCAGAAGAUGAGGAAACGUCCAGAGUCCGGGAACAUCCGGAGAACGUUCCGGAGCUCAGACAGCGACAGUACCGGCUCAGGAGCCAGCGGAGGAGGAGGAGGCGUGAGAACAGCAUCUCUUCCUGUUGGUGCUGCUCUGGUGAAAGAAACUGGAGACAAACGACCCGUCAGCGCUCACUGCAUCCUCAACUCAGUCGCUCGCCACUCGUCUCUUAAGACCAAGGUGGAGAGUCCACAAUUACGAAAGACGACUCCAGCAGGGCGCUCUAAGAGCUUCAGCAACCACAGACCACUGGACCCUGAAGUCUUACCCCCCGUAGAGCCCAACUCACAGGACAUGGAUGCUACAAUGAGCUCUGCACUGACUGAGCUCAGUAAGUUGGAGAGACAAAGCACGUCGAAACACACACACACCCCUGACGUGGUCCUGGACACACUGGAGCAGCUGAAAGGUGUGGGUGGCGGAGGAGUAGGAGGAGGCGCCUCAGAGCCCUCCAGUCCACUCCACUCCCGUCUGUUACGGGACAGCGAGGGGGGCUCCUCGCACGCCCACCCACUCCAGCGCAGCGCCUCCUCCGCCAGUGACGUGCCCUCCUCCUUCCGCCCGGCCAAGAGCCAGCCGCGGAGCCCUCUUCCCUCAGCCACAUCCCCCUCUCUCUCCUCUUCCUCCCUCUCCUCAUCUGUACCUUCCUUUAGAGAGCUGCGCCCCCCAGCAACAAGGCCCAAGCCGGUGGUGUUUCCAAAGAGCGGAGGAGGUGGCAGUCCAGCCAUGGGUUCGCCAACCUCUACUGUGCCCCCUACUACUCCUCCUCCACCCACAGGGCACACACACUCUCUCCCACACACUCCCCCUCCCCCUCCUCCACCCCAGUCUAAUGACAAAUCCUGUCCAGCUUAGGACUCUCCCAGUCUGAUCCACGAUACUGAUUCUUUCAAACUCUUGGACUCUUACAGCUCUUCUACCAGGUGCAGAAAGCACUUCACUUUGUUUCACUCAAGACCUAACCCACUACGCAUGUGUAGCAUUCACUUGUUGGUGUCCAGGCGAGUUCUUAAAACGCCAUGUUCCCUUUAGAUUGUUGAGUUUUUUCUGCCCUCUCCUGGCAGCUCUGCUUGCUACAGGUCAACCAUCACGGGAUGUAGCUUAGUGAACACCCUUCAAAGACACUUCUUUUUCUUUGCCACCUCAGAGAUUCCAGGCUUCGCUGGAUUUUAAAAUCUUGUACAAGGGAACAGGACUCAGGACGGACACCUGCAGACCUACAACUUACGUACACUAGUUUGUGAUGUUUGAAAUUGUGUUUGAGUGAGCGUGCAAGAGUGUUACUUGCCUUUACACACAGAUCUAAGUGAGGAACAAAAAGCACUGUUUGAUUUUUGUAUAGUAGACAUGACAGUUUCUCUUUUCUUUUUAGUGACCCACGACUAGCGGACUGGAAGGGAGUGUUUGAUUCCUGAGAAUAGACUGUGAAAUGCUAAGCUUUCAUUGUGUGUAGAAAUGAAAGUCACUCACUUGCUGCUUCAGAAGUGGAAGACUGCAGAUAAAAGUGGACUUUUGGUUGAUGAUGAAAGGAAAAAAAAAAAAAAACUGGGCCAAAUAUCAGUGAAGUCAUGUGAUCCAGAGCUUUAUUUUAUCUCUUCCUCCGGUGUUUGAUAUGUUGGUGAUUUUUUUUUAAUUAUUAUUAUUAUUGUUGUUCAGUACUAGUACCAACAACAACAGGAGCAUAGCAGGAGUCAGUGUUCUCCAAAACAACAGUCAUUCUAAACGCAAAUAUAGCAAUAAAGAUAAUGAAAGCUGGUAGUUUGAGGCAUUAUGCUGCUUCCCUCCUGCAGCUCUAUUGUGUUUGUAGAGGACCACUGAAACCCAGCAUUUUUUAUAGGUAAUGUUGGACUUUAAACACACACGCACACACAUUUUCUCCAAAUGCGUGUGCGGCGGUGUUUUUUGGCAGCUAAACGCCUUUCAGGUUUUCCUUGCAUGCUGGGGCCAUAAACAGCAGCCAUAGCGGCGAGCUGGCUGAUUGCAUCAGUUUAUAUAUCUGCAGUACCAGCUACAGGAUGACUUCAAACAAAGUCUUGCUCCUUUAACUAUAUACUUCAUACUUAACAGUAAAAAAAAAAAGGGUUUUAUUAUUCUAAUGGUGUGUAUGUAUGUGUUAUAAUCAUGAUGAUAACUGGAAGCGUGGAGCUGAGGAUCCUCCUGAGUGCAUUUAGAUAGCACAACCAACCACCUCAUCCAAUGCGUUCUUAAGCAAACUUUGCUUUUAUUAUUGUUUUUUUUUUCCAGUUUAUGAGUUUAUUAAUGCUCAGAAUCUGUAACGGUAAAAUGUUGAACUGUGUAGCUGUCUGGAUGUGUGCAUGUGUGCGCGCAUCUGUAUGAGCAUGUGUGGAUGUAGAGCACGUGUGUAUGCACCUCACCCCAACCCCCACCUCUCAUGAAGGGAUGACACCCGACAGCGACUGUCUGGAGACGCCCACAGGAAAACACCUGUCCCGUGUGCUGAAUGCAUGUGCGCUGUGUACUUGUGACCACAUUUUUUUUCUUUUUUUUAAUAGAAAUCUGCAGAGAUGCAUGAAAUCUGAAGUCUUCAGUCGCUGCUGUAACAACACCAGUGGCAGACCAGCUUUAAACAGAAAGAUAAUGAGGAAACCCAAAUCCAAGGACUUAAACUUUUCUUUUUUUUGGGGGGGGGGUUAUUUACUAAAAUGUACCUUCACAAAAAUUAGAUCUGAUGAUGAAUUUCAGAACAUGUAUGGAUAAUUUUGCAAACUCUGACUUCAAAAGUACCUGCCAUUCAGGGUAGAUAAAGCCUUUUUUGUUUAGUUUCACCUUCUUGAAAAAGCAUUGAACUAAUUUUCCAUAGAUGUCCUAAUAUUCCCCUUCACCUCAACCCUUCACCCAGAAAUACAGCACACACUGCAUUCCUGUACUAUCUCUACCGGGUAAUGAAUUAGAACUGUUAAGGUUUUUUAAUAAUCUAUGUUUACUGUUACUGUGUAUUACCUGGUGUAUUUGUGUUGCUCUUACCUCAUCGUGACAACUGUGGGGGUGGGGUGGGGGGUGGUGAUGAUGUGUCUUUGUGGCGAGAGAUGAACUCGCCUUAUCAAAGCACACACACACGCUCACACAUACAGACGUGCAUGUGGUUGGUUGGUGUGUUUUGUCCUGGCUGUGCUGUCAAGGGGAGCUGGGACCUUCUUCGAUCUCAAAUCAAUCAUCGUGCACUUGAACAAUUUGGCUUGCGUGUGGACUAACUGUGUGGGGAUGAUUUUGUCAGAAUUGAAUAUUGUUAAAUAUGCAUUUUUGUGUCCAUUUGAAAACAGCAGAACUAAAAAAAAAAAAAGAGACUGUAAUGUCAAAUCUAUUUAUAGUUGUCUCUGUAUUACUGGAGAAUCCUGUGUUCAGAUGUACUUUGUAUAUACAAUGUUGUACAUUACAGAGGUACACUCUUUUUUGGUACAAUAUUGUACAGUAAUAGCAAUAGUAGUUUAAUCAAAUAGGCCUUAUAUAAUUCUAUGUGUAGUUCUUGUAGUAGAUCAGUUUUUUUUUUUUUAAAUAAACAUUGCUUGCUAUAUAAA